GCUCUCCUAAAAGGAAACUAAAGUGGAAGAGGGGGAAAACCGUCAAAUAUUUCUCCCAGGGGGCUGGGAGAAUAAGGCUUCCCGGUCCAGCGAGGCGGGAGAAGAAGCGGCUUUGGAUUUAAGAGGGGAGGGGAGGAAGAGCUCCGGUCCGCAACCUCUCCGGAGAGCUGUGCUCAGCUGCUCGAGCUCCGGACGCCCAGCUCAGCCGGACGCGUCCUAGGCGCAUCAUGACCGAAAUCACCGAAAAGGAGAACGACCCCCAACACAGCACGGAUGCGCAGCAGACCCCGACGACUGGUUCCUCCCUGCAGGAAACCAAGCUCCAACGGUUCAAACGGUCUCUCUCGCUCAAGACCAUCCUGCGCAGCAAGAGCAUGGAGAACUUUUUCCUGCGCUCCAGUAGUGAGUUCAGGCUGCCCUCUGACGUCCUGCUCAGCCCUCCUGACUCCGUGCCACCCCCUUCUCCACCCCCAGCUCCAACUGAAGCGGAACCCUCCCCCAGGGCCCUCCACAAGUCCCUGGGGACCCUCAAGCCCAUGAAGACCCACAGCUUCCAGGAGCACAUCUUCAAGAAACACAAUCCUUGUGAGAUUUGCCAUCAGCUUAUUGUAGGAAACUCCAAGCAAGGCCUACGAUGCAAGACAUGCAAAGUUAGUGUGCAUCUGUGGUGUUCAGAAGAAGUUUCUCAUCAGCAGUGCCUGGGCAAGACACAGGCAACCUCUUUCCGCCGUAAUCUCAGUUCUCCUUUGCUGCUGCAUGAACCACAGCCCCAGCCAGCCCCAGCCAAGGACUCUCCCCCUGCAGCAGGCCCCAGUGGAAAGGUGGAUCCCAUUUAUGAGACUUUGCGCUAUGGCACUUCACUGGCCUACAUGAAUCGCUCCAGCUUCAGCAGCACCUCAGAGUCCCCCACCAGGAGUCUGAAUGAGAAGGAAGAAACCGCUCAGAACACGGAAGCAGGUGGAUCAACAGCAGAGGAAAAUAUGACUGAUAACGUUUUCUCAGUGGCAACAGAAGGCGAAGGCCCUGUGUUGGAGGAAAAGAACUCAGGGCAACAGCCAGCUCAAGGCUCUACGCGCAAAGAGGUCUCACCCAUGUACUCUUACGUUGCUCUCUACAAGUUUCUGCCUCAGGAGAACAAUGAUCUGCCACUGAAGCCUGGAGACCGAAUCAUGCUGAUAGAUGAUUCCAAUGAAGAUUGGUGGAAGGGAAAGAUGGGAGACCGCAUCGGCUUUUUCCCGGCCAAUUUUGUCCAGCGAGUUCGUCCAGGUGAAACUGUCUGGAGAUGCUGCAGGACUUUCUGUGGCAACAAAGAACAGGGACAGCUGAGCCUUAAAGAAAACCAGGUCUGUGUUGGUGUGGGGAAGACCAAGGAGAAUGAAGGUUUCAUCAAGGUGACGAGUGGCAAAAAACGAGGGCUGGUGCCUGCUGAUGCUCUGACAGAAAUUUGAAGAUGAAAGGAGAGUGCAAAGCAAACCAAGAGAAGUAUAAAAAGAGGACACCUGCAAGGCGAGGGCAGCUGCCUUGCGUUCCUCCAGGCCGCCCCAUACCGGAGCACCCGGAUAAUCACUGUUUCAUGGAAGCUUCCCUCUGGAUCCUGAGAACAGCUUUUGUGGAAGGGAUGGAAGAAAGCUGGGGGGGUGGACUGGCAGGAGCACCACUUGCUGUGUGCUUUUUUCCAUGUCGAGCUGGAAAUUCACUCCAGGUUGACUUAGUUUCUUGUCAUGUUCACUGCAGUCUCUGUAAAGGUCUUUGGUGAGAGCUCUGUGUUGUGAGUGCGAGGGAGGUUUCCUCUGCUUUAAUUCACCCCCGUUCUUCUUGUCUUUGGACCCUGGCAACAGAUGCCAGUUGAUAAUCAACCAGCCUUAACUUACUGGGAGGGGUCUAUCUUAGUAUAAGGCUCUUGUCCCCCUCCCAUUUUCAGAAGUUCCCCAAUAAUUCUGUGUUGCAUGCAAGCUACCCAUGGAAACGCAAAGCCCUUCUCUGACCAAGGAGGCCACGUUGGUGUGUUGGUCCAUGUGUUAGUUUUCUUU